CACUGACGAAGCGUACAUGGUAACCACUUUCAAGCUAGACUGUGAUAGAAACGCCUACUUUAGUACAAAGACCGUUAUUCGUUACCAAAGUGUAGAUAUUUCAUUCAAAUAUAUUCCAUAUUUAAAGUGGUUUCUCAAUUCUGGAAUUGAAAAAUGGCACAAGCUUUAGAAAUUCUAUCCACUGAAAAUGAAUUAUUUCGUGUUUAUUUAUUUUAUGGCUGUAUAUUAGUUUUAAAAGUAGUUGCAAUGGCACCAUUAACUGCAAUACAACGCUUUAAGCAUAAGGCCUUUGCGAAUCCAGAAGAUGCAGUUGUCGCGAAGAUAAAACCGAAAACUCAUGAAAAUGUUGAAAGAGUUAGGAGGGCUCAUCUAAACGACUUGGAAAACAUUCCUGUGUUUUUAGUUGCAAGUUUGGCAUACAUUCUCACCAAUCCAUCAAUUUGGUUCACCACGAUGUUAUUUAGGAUUUUCACAAUUUCACGAAUACUCCACACCUUAGUGUAUGCUGUGGUUGUGAUUCCGCAGCCGGCGAGAUUUUUAGCUUUCUUUGCAGCUCAAAUUGUAACAACUUAUAUGGCUAUACAAUCAUUGAUUUAUUUUGCAAAAUGAGAAAUUUAUCAGGAAAAAAAAGUUUUGUAAGGGUUUUUAAUAAAAUUUUUUAAGGGUU